UUUAGAUAAUUUGAACAGAAGAGAGAUUGAGUAUAAACCAGCUUGUUUCGAACCUACAGCUGAUUCAUUCUGAAUAUAAAAUCCCCAUAAUAACUGUUAAAAGUAGGGUUAGGAUUUACACUAUUAUGUUUGUUCCUUCAAACACAGAGAAACGACUUUGUCUGGGCUUUUGAUUUAAGCUUUCUGUAAUUUAAAGCAAACUUGAACUACUCCCACUAGAGCCCACCAAACUACCUGUAAUCUUGACAGGUUUACAUGAACUAUAUGUAGUUGGUAGCUAACAUAUAAUUGAAAGCUACAAGUCCUCUUGCUGAAGCUCCUCCAUCUCCAUGGCUGCCAAGAUCUUGGCAUUCAUCUUCUUGUUGUUCCAUGUAACUUAUUCCAUUGACUUCAACUUUCGUGCUGUUUUCAACUUUGGAGAUUCCAAUUCUGACACUGGUGAUCUUAUUGCUGCUGGCAUUGAAAGCAUUGAUCCUCCUUUUGGACAGAUUUAUUUCCAGAAACCUUCUGGGAGAUACAGCGAUGGCCGUCUUAUUAUCGAUUUUCUAAUGGAUGCAAUGGAUUUGCCAUUUCUGAAUGCAUAUCUAGAUUCAGUCGGUUCUCCCAGUUUCCAGAAAGGAUGCAAUUUUGCAGCUGCAGGAUCUACCAUACUGCCAGCAAAUCCAACAUCUGUUAGUCCAUUUUCAUUCGGGAUUCAGGUGAAUCAGUUCCUUCGUUUCAAGCGGCGCGUUCUUGAGUUGCUUGCUAAAGGUAAAAAAUAUAAAAAGUACAUCCCAUCAGAAGACUAUUUCACCAAGGGGCUUUACAUGUUUGACAUUGGCCAGAAUGAUCUUGCUGGUGCAUUUUAUUCCAAGACAUUAGACCAAAUCCUUGCUUCCAUUCCAACAAUUUUGCUCGAAUUCGAGACCGGCAUAAAGGGCCUGUACAAUGAAGGGGCUAGAAAUUUUUGGAUUCAUAACACAGGACCCCUUGGUUGCUUAACUCAGAAUGUUGCUAAAUUUGGUUCUGAUCCAUCAAGCCUUGAUGAGCAAGGAUGUGUAAUUGGGCAUAACCAAGCUGCUAAACUCUUCAACAUCCAACUUCAUGCUCUCUGCAAGAAACUGCAAGGCGAUUUUCCGGACUCAAACAUCACAUAUGUUGAUAUAUACACUAUAAAAUCAAACCUCAUUGCAAAUUAUUCGCGAUAUGGUUUUGAGCAACCUAUAAUGGCAUGCUGUGGAGUCGGAGGUCCUCCAUUGAACUACGACAGGAGGGUUUCUUGUGGACGAACAAAAGUUAUAAAUGGGAGCUCAGUGACAGCCAAAGCAUGUCCAGACAGUACUGAGUAUGUGAGUUGGGAUGGAAUUCAUUACACAGAAGCUGCAAAUCAGUACGUUUCAUCGCAGAUACUCACUGGGAUAUAUUCUGAUCCACCUUUCUCAGAUAAAAUGCCUUUCCUACUUAAUCUCAAGUUCUGAAAACAAUAUGGUUGUUUCAGUAACUAUUUUACUUUAUUUUUUUCUUCUUAAUCUAUGGACUUCAAUCUGUACUCGCCUUGCCAGUCUCAUUUAUCAAUAUUAAGUACUAACAAGUAUUGCUUCUUUGUGACUGGAA